CUCUCGCGAGAGCUGGCUAGUAAACAGCCUUCAGAUUAGAUCCCCGCUGCCGCUGCCGCCCUCCCCUUGCUCGCAUGAGCGGCCCAGGCGGGGGAAGUGAUCGCGCCGAGCGAGGCUGCAGCGGGCAGUGCGGGGACGCAGGAGCCGGCAGCCAGGCGCAGGGAGUACAUGUUACUAUGGCAAUGACUGCAGGGACUACAACAUCCUUUCCCAUGAGCAACCACACCCGGGAGAGAGUGACUGUGGCCAAACUUACACUGGAGAACUUCUAUAGCAACCUAAUUUUACAGCAUGAAGAGAGAGAAACCAGGCAGAAAAAGCUAGAAGUGGCCAUGGAAGAAGAAGGUCUGGCAGAUGAAGAGAAAAAACUACGUCGGUCACAGCAUGCACGCAAAGAAACAGAAUUCCUGCGACUGAAGAGGACUAGGCUUGGCUUAGAUGACUUUGAAUCGCUGAAAGUUAUAGGAAGAGGAGCAUUUGGGGAAGUACGCCUCGUCCAGAAGAAAGAUACGGGUCAUAUUUAUGCAAUGAAGAUAUUGAGAAAAGCUGAUAUGCUGGAAAAAGAGCAGGUGGCCCACAUCAGAGCAGAAAGAGAUAUAUUGGUCGAAGCGGAUGGUGCUUGGGUGGUGAAAAUGUUUUAUAGUUUUCAGGAUAAAAGGAAUCUUUACCUGAUCAUGGAGUUCCUACCUGGAGGUGAUAUGAUGACCUUACUUAUGAAGAAAGACACUUUAACAGAAGAGGAAACACAAUUUUACAUUUCUGAAACUGUGCUGGCCAUAGAUGCCAUUCAUCAGCUGGGAUUCAUCCAUAGAGAUAUUAAACCAGAUAACCUCUUGCUGGAUGCCAAGGGUCAUGUGAAGCUAUCUGAUUUUGGACUAUGCACUGGUUUAAAGAAAGCUCAUCGAACUGAAUUCUACAGGAACCUUACACACAAUCCACCAAGUGACUUUUCAUUUCAGAAUAUGAACUCAAAGAGAAAAGCAGAAACGUGGAAGAAGAACAGACGACAGCUGGCAUACUCUACUGUUGGGACCCCAGAUUAUAUUGCUCCAGAAGUAUUCAUGCAGACUGGGUACAACAAGUUGUGUGACUGGUGGUCUUUGGGAGUGAUUAUGUAUGAAAUGCUAAUAGGGUAUCCACCUUUCUGCUCUGAAACGCCACAAGAAACGUAUAGGAAAGUUAUGAACUGGAAAGAAACGUUGGUAUUUCCUCCAGAGGUGCCCAUUUCAGAGAAAGCAAAGGACUUAAUUCUAAGAUUUUGUAUUGAUUCGGAAAAUAGAAUUGGUAGUAAUGGAGUAGAGGAAAUAAAGGAUCAUCCAUUUUUUGAAGAAGUUGACUGGGGACAUAUCAGGGAGAGGCCAGCUGCAAUCCCUAUAGAAAUCAAAAGUAUCGAUGACACUUCCAAUUUUGAUGAAUUUCCUGAAUCUGAUAUUUUACAGCCAGUGCCAAAUACCACAGAACCUGACUACAAAUCCAAAGACUGGGUUUUCCUCAAUUAUACCUACAAGAGGUUUGAAGGGCUUACACAGCGUGGCUCUAUCCCUUCCUACAUGAAAGCUGGGAAGUUGUGAAACAAAACAGAACCCCAUAAAAUUAAAAACAAAACAAAAAACAAACCUCAGGUAGCUGCAUCACCAGGCCUGCUUGGCGUAGAUAUCAAUACAGUGACUCUGGUGCGCAUCGACUUCACAAGGAAAUUCUACAGGAUUAGGAUUUCUAAGACUACUACAGGAAUUAGUUGGCAGUGCCAGCUGGCUUUUUUUUUUUUUUUUUUUUUUUAAUAUUUGAAUAUUUUUGUUAACUUUAUUAUACAAAGGUACUGGAAUAAAAGGAUCAUACAUCCCUUUGCAACUGCACUGCCUAUGUGUGUAUAAAGGUUAAUUAUGCAUCUGUGUACUGUGGCUUUGUUUGUACUGUAAGCCAUCUAAUCCACCCAGGAGAAAAACAUAUCAUUUUAAAAAGCAACAUGGGCUAAUGUUGCAGCACCAUUAUUUUACUGCUGACCUGGUGGGUUUUAGAUAUACGGUAUAAAAACCAUCAACCAUAUUUGUAAAGGUCUCCUUCGAGUGAUUGUCCACAUGGAUUCCUCUCCUGGUGUACAUGCACCCAUGCACAGAGUAAUUUAACCGUCAUCAACAACCAGAGACAACAUUGCUCUUUUCCUCGAAGAAGCCGCUCGCCUUGGUACAGAUAUUUCAGAAAUCCCGAGAACACCUGAAAGGGUAGCUCCACCUAUGGAAGAAAGAUACUCCUCCUCUUGCUCAGCAGUGAGAGCAUACCAACUAGAGGACAGGUUCCACCCUAUACUUAACCUUAUUAAUCAACUUCUGUAGCUCCACCUCUGCAGAUCAGGGCCCAUUCCAUCAUGCCCCAGUAACAUCUGCAGCUUCUCUAAGUGGCAUUCCCUUUUUUGAGCUAUGUAGGGCAACUACCAUUUUCAUUCAGUAUUAAUCCUUAGUAGAGAGCUCCAGAUCUGAUGUCCACUUUGCCAGAGCUGUCCUGCAACCAUUGUUUAAACAGACUGCAAGUAGACCUCUGGACAGUGAGGUCACUGCUUGUGAGACACCAGAAGUGGCACAUAUGUGGACAAUUACGUAAACAAGGUUACUUGCCUUACAGUACCUGUGGUUCUUUGAGAUGUGUUCUACAGCCUGACCACCUUCCCUGAGGGAUGUUUGGGCCCGCUCUGGCCCUUAAGCCCUCAGAACAUCCAGGACGCAGAUGCGGCCUCAACAGACGCUGCUCUUCAAAAGAAUCUAAUCUCACACUUGUUGGGUGCAUGCACCCCAGAAGUGGAAUCCAUGUGAGCCGCACGUCUUGAAGAACCACAGUUAAUAUAGAGUAAGUAGCCAUUGUUUAUCAAAAAUGUGCCCUAUGUAAUUGAACUUUGCAAGAUACAUGAAGGUAAUUUAUUAAGGAGAUUUCAUGGAAAUAGCAAACACUCAGAAAAACUGGUGGUUUGUGUGUGGGGGGAGAGGAGAAGUAUAUACAUUUAACUUAAAGCUACCUACUACACUGACUUGUCUGUACAUAUUGAUUGGUUUAUCACCAGGGGAAAAUCUACACCCUCCUAGUCAUAACACUAAAAAUAAUUUGCAUAUAAAACUGCCGAUGGUUAAUCAAAUGAAUGCUCACAUAGGAGUUACACUGUUAGGGAGACUUACUGCAGUAUAUUUAGCAUAAUAAUCUCCCUUAUCAUGAUAGUUGAAUUUCUUUAUUUUCUGAAAAAACGGCAUUAUUUUAAUCUAAUCAGCAAAUCAAAUUAAAGAAAAUAUUAGAGUACUGCUUUUAGAACGGUAGUGGGAAUUCUUUUUAAAGGCAAAACUGUGACACUGUAAUGAUCUAAAGACAACAGAAGGUUUAUCUACACUGGCUUUCCAAAAACAAGGAAGUGCAACAUAUCUUUUUGCUUGUUAAUUUUUUCUUUUGACAGUGUUUGUCAUUGUACCAUUUUCUUUCUUAUUCUCAGAGUACCAAAGAUCCUGAAAUGGCUUGAUGAUUGCAACCAUGUGAAGUUUUGAUUUCCAUGCCUAUGAUUUGUUAACUUCUGUUAAAUGUGGAAUGGGGUAUAUAAUUCAUAAGUUUUUUUUUCUGAGAAGUUAAUCUAUUCCAGCAGGAGAAACUGCUAAAUCAUCAGUUGCAUAGAGGUGAGCCUGAACCAAAAUCCUGUAUCUGCCUACCCACGAACUGAGGAGGAAGUUUGGAUUGAAAUACAGCUGAAUUUUUGGACUUGGGUCCAUCUCGAAUCAGCAUGGGUUAAUGAACUGAGGUACAGGCAGUAAAUGAUGGUCAGGGGGAUUAUUUUGUGUGUGUGAGAAGGGGUUAAAAAUACAAAGUAAUGUUGCCAGCAUUCAGAAUUGAAUAUUGUUGAGACUGCAUUUGCACUGUUAAUUUGCCUUGCUGACGAGUUAGGUAAAUUUUAUUUUUAUAGGUCAAUUAUUAAAAACCUAAGUCAUUGCAUACAGUGUGGGAUAAUUACAAGCAUUGUAACAUACUGUACCUUGUCCUUUUAAUGUUGUUCAUAUUACAAAAGCUCAUUCUCAGAGUCUAAAUGGCAACUGCUAUAUUUUUUUUUCCUGGACUGUUGCAUUAGUUGUGGUGGGGAAAGUUACAUAGAAGCAUUAUAAAAGAUUUAUAUGAGGCUUUUUACAGCAUUUGAAAAUAAACAUAGCAUUCUUU